ACCAUAGAUAGAAGGGCCGCGCGCUUUGACUUGACACUUGACUGACAGGCAACGGCGAAGAUUUUCUUUCUGUCUGAUCUUUUCGUGGCUGCUGGACGUGUAGAGAAUUGUAAGAAAUAAGUGUUGCAAAUAAACCAGGGAAAAUGAUCGGAUUACUACUCAAUGUGUUAGGGUGGAUAGGACUCAGCCCUCUCCCCUAUAUUGCUGGGCUUAUUGGCAGCACUGAACCUGCACUGAAGCUUUUGUUAUCAAUAUUACUAGCUUAUCCCUACGCAUGGAUGUAUCACAAGUAUUACUGGCACUCAGACAGGAAGUCUGACAGAAAUAACCUGUUCUUUAUCAUCAUGGGCCUUGAUUUGGCAUUCUACAAUUUUGGAAUAUCCCUAUAUCAUAAUAUUAUACCUGUUGUUGUGUUGUACCUAACGACACAGAUAUCCGAGGAUGGCAAGAUUAAUGCGAUAAUAACAUUUGUAUUCAACUUAACCUAUCUAAUAGUGGGUUACAUAGUAACAGAAUCUGAAGAUUAUGAUAUCACUUGGACCAUGCCUCAUUGUGUACUAACGUUGAAACUAAUCGCAUUAUCAUUUGAUUUGUGGGAUGGUCAGUUGCUUCUUAAGGGAGAGAAGUUGUCUGCAAAUGCUCAAGAGACGGCUUUAGUGACACCCCCUACUUUCAUGGAGCUCCUCGGUUUCGUUUACUUCCCGGCUUGUUUCUUGGUUGGCCCAAUCUUCUCAUUUCAACGUUAUAAAAAAUACAUUGAAGGGAAGUUCCCCUUGGAAGCUGAAGCCUACGAAUACCAACAGCAAGGAAUGAUUAAAUUGAUUCAAGGAGCUCUGUAUUUGGUGGCGUUCCAAAUUGGAGGAAGCGUGUUCAGUAUGAAGUAUAUGCUGUCAGACGAGUUUUCGGAAAAUUCCUUCUUCUACAAACAUAUGUACUGCGGACUUUGGGCCCAUUUUGCACUGUACAAAUAUAUUGCAUGCUGGUUACUGACAGAAGCCGCCUGCAUCAGGUUCGGGCUAUCGUAUAAUGGAAUGGAGAUACCUGCCGGCGGCCUGUUGCCUAUAUCCAAAUGGGACGGAUGCAACAACAUCAAACUUCUUCGAUUCGAAGGUGCCACCAAGUUUCAGCACUAUAUUGACAGCUUCAACUGCAAUACUAAUCAUUUCGCCGCAGAAUACAUUUACAAGAGACUUAAGUUCCUAGGCGACAGGAACCUAAGCCAACUUUUAACUCUUCUCUUCCUUGCAAUCUGGCAUGGCAUAAGGUCAGGUUAUUAUGUAACAUUUUUUAACGAAUUCAUAAUAAUUUACAUGGAAAAGGAAUUAGAAUCUAUACUUAAAAAAACGAUAAUAUAUGAAAAAAUGUGGUCAAAUGUAUUCAUUAAGUAUUUGAUGUACAUUUUGCUCAAAAUGUACACAAUUAUAUUCAUGGGCUGGAGUCUUGUACCUUUCGAUGUUAAGGUGUAUUCGAAGUGGUUGAAUGUGUAUUCUAGCCUAUAUUUUUCAGGAUUUUUGCUGUUUUUGCCUUGGGCUUUCGUUUAUAAACCUCUCCUGAUAAAAGCCAUUCACUAUUAUCGCAUUAAGCGAGAAGCAGCAGAAAAAAUAGAUUGAGGUUAACUAUGAGAAAACUAAUUGGCACUUUUGAAAUAUAUUUUAUUUUUAGUUCCUAGAGAUUGCUAGUGUUAGUCUACUUGUAAUCAUUUGCGAACCAAUUUCAUUGUUAUUGUUUGUUAAUUUAAUUGGCAACGUUAUACUUUCAAAACUUAAAGUAGGUACCUAGAUACCUAGAUAUUUUGUAAUAACGGCCUGUUGCCGAUGUCCAAGUAGGACGGAUGCAAUAACAUCAAACUCCUGCGAUUUAGAGGUGCCACCAAGUUUCAACACUACAUUGACAGCUUCAACUGCAAUACUAAUCAUUUCGCCGCAGAAUACAUUUACAAGAGACUUAAGUUCCUAGGCGACAGGAACCUAAGCCAACUUUUAACUCUUCUCUUCCUUGCAAUCUGGCAUGGCAUAAGGUCAGGUUAUUAUGUAACAUUUUUUAACGAAUUUAUAAUAAUUUAUAUGGAAAAAUAAUAAGAAUCAAACUGAAAAAAACGAAAAUAUAUGAAGAAAUGUGGUCAAUUGUAAGAUAUACAUUUUGCUCAAAAUGUACAUAAUUAUAUUCAUGGGCUAUAUGAGUCUCGUAAAGUUGCAAAAUAACAUAUUGUUGCAAAGAGUUCAAAUCACAUAAGAGAAGAGUCUCGAUUUCCCGUUUCCUGCUAUGAUUUCCGCAACGGUUUAUGUCUCAUAAUAUUAAAAAUAUAUAUAUUAUGAGACAUAGAUGUUUAGAGCGUCUUGGCGCAAAAUGGUCUUUUUCUCACAAUGUCCAUUUCUCUUAAUGUCCUCCUUAAUGUUUUCUCAAAAUGUCCAUAAUAAAAAAACUUUUUUAUUCAGUUGCUUAUCUAAAUUAUCAUCAAAAACACGCAAGGAUAUUUUGUCAAUUUUUCAAAAAAUCCCCUUCGCAAGGAAUCGUCUGGGUAUUUUUGUAAUAAGCCCCAUAUUUUUAUGCAUAUUAGAUAAUACAUUCAAUAAUAAACCUAAAUUGUGACAAUGCAAAGCUAUAUCAUUACAUGUAUAUUUCUAAUAUAAUGCGUUAUGAGAGAAGCUUGUAGAUUUGUUUUUCCAUUUGAUAAACUUACGGCUUAUAUGCAAAUAUUUUGUCUUGUAAAUUAAUUAUUUUUAAAGAGAAAGUGCAUAAUAAAUUGUGGAACGAUUUCAUUCAAGUACAAAUAGCGCAGCCUUAUUGCACUCGAUGAUAUUGUGUUAUAUUUUUUAUGCUGUGACUGGCUUAAGGCCUGUUUUUAUUUUUAUUUUAUUUGGGAAACAUACAAUGUUGUGAGCAGGUAGGAAAACAUUUUGCAAACAUAAUAUCUAUACCUUACAUAUUGUUAAAUAUAAAACAAAGUCCUCAGCCGCGUCUGUCUGUCCGCGGUAAACUCAAAAACUACGGAGCGGAUUUUCAUGCGGUUUUCACCAAUAGAUUGUGUGAUUCUUGAGGAAGGUUUAGGUGAAUAAUUUAUUAUGUUUUACCCGAGCGAAGUCGGGACGUGCGGCGUUUAUAAUAAUUUACAUUUGUUUCAAAUUAUUUAUUUAAAAAAUAUGAGCAUGAAAUUUAAAUUAAUAAACCGUUCUCUUGUUUUUUUUUAGAAAAUAGAAAUACUGCUUACGUUACGAUCAAACAUUAUCAAUAUACUCAAAAUUAAUAGAAAUGAGUUAUAAUGAGGCGUUGUGCGUAACGCUUAACGACUUGUUAAAGUAAUAAUGUGUUAAAAAUUAAUUAAUUUAAAUCCUUUUGUAAUGGUUAUAUGUGAUAUGUUUAACGUGUCUGUUUCAAUGUACGUAUUCUUUAUUUACGUUUAUUAUUAAGUAGAUCGUAUUAGUGCGAGGGGAUAAUUUAAGUGUGCGCACAUUAGAUCAUCUUUAAUAGUAUUUUCUUAUGCCAAAUUAUUCAAUUUAUUUAGAGAAUUAAAUUUAAUCAUCUUUAUAAAAUUCUUAUAAUAUAUUUACUAUAAUUUAAUUUUAUUAAAAUAACAAUGUAAGAUUUAAUGAAUUUAAAUAGCAGAGGUUUUACCUAAUUACUGGAAUAAACUUUGCAAUAUAUUAUUAUUUUUAUUAA